CUUAAUAACAAAAUAACCAAAAAAAUGUUCCUCUAACGUUCAAUACCCAAAAUAACCAUCUUAAUAAUUAAUUGUUUUUUCACAACUAAGAUCAGUUCCAUUUCACGCCACUCCUAAGCAAGUCACAGGUAUAACACCGCGUUUAGUAACUUCGUUCUCAACUAACUGAAAUCUCCCGCCAAAAAAAAGUUAUAAUAAAACAAAACGAAAGCAAAGCAUUGCAAGUGUGAGUGACUGAGCGAGCGAGCGAGCGAGCGAAAGUGUUGUUACAACGAAGAAAGCAAAUGAAGAACGGAAAACGAAACGCUCUUUCAGAUCUCACAAAUUCAAGCCAUUUUUCAUCUUCAUCCGUUUCUUCAUCAGCCACCGUUGAACCACCAAUCAAGAACAAUCAAAUCAGAAUCCGGAAAACCUGUUUAACUCCGCUUCAUGAUGUUAAGCCAUCCACCGUUCAUCGCACAAAGAAUCAAAACAACACUGUAGCACUUCCUAUGCCAUUAACAGUUCGAUGUAAAAAGAAGCAACGUGUUGUUGUUGUGUCCCGUGAACAAGAGGAUCUGGAAGAUUACAUUGAGAAACAGAAGGCGUAUUUUAAACAGAUCGAUGAAUAUGAACUCGAAGAAGAGGAGGUUGAAGAAUAUAUUGAUGAGUGAUGUAGUAUUUGAGUGCUUGAAGCUGAUACAUAAGUGUAGUUAAUUGUUGAUGUUGAUAUAUAUAGUAUUCCAAAUUCUGAAUUUCUUAAUAGGUUUAGGGAAAAGUUGUUUAACACUAGCAAAUUGCUUUAGUUAGUAAAUUGAGAUCUUAGAAACUCUAUCUUGUUUCAUAUAAGAGAAAUUUGCAAUUGGAUGCUUUGAGUA